AGUCUGAUAGGAGAUAUUGGAAAUGCCAUGAAGACCUUCCACAACUAUUACACUGUAUGGAAACAGUUUGGUGGAUUACCGGAAUUCUACAACAUUCCUCAAGGAUUUACUGUGGACAAAAGGGAAGGCUACCCUCUGCGGCCAGAGCUGAUUGAGAGUGCAAUGUAUCUGUACAGAGCUACAAAGGAUCCUGUGCUGCUAGAGCUGGGCAGAGAUGCGAUAGAAUCCAUCGAGAAGAUAAGCAAAGUUUACUGUGGAUAUGCUACUGUUAAAGAUGUCCGAGAUCACAAGCUGGACAACCGCAUGGAGUCUUUCUUCCUGGCAGAGACCAUAAAAUACCUCUACCUUCUGUUUGAUCCAGAUAACUUUAUUCACGACGACGGCUCUGAAUUUGACUUGGUGGUGACCCCCUAUGGGGAAUGUGUGGUGGGGGCCGGAGGCUAUGUCUUUAAUACAGAAGCUCACCCCAUAGACCCAGCGGCGCUGAACUGCUGUAAGAGGGACAAUGCAGAAAGGUGGGAGAUGGAAGACCUGGUGAAGGAAUUCUUCUCUGGGAAGAAAAGGACAGAAAAGAUCAGAAAGGAAGCCACCAAGGAUCAGAAUUAUCCAAACUUCUAUUCUAUCGGCUCACAAAACCGUACAAAAACCAGACGCAGAUCACUCCUCCGCUGCCCCAGCCAACCGUUCACCUCAAAACUCUCAGUCCUAGGACAAGUGUUUCUAGACUAAUUCUGGAUAGAUGAACCAAAAUAAUAAAAAAGGUGUUAAUAGUUUUACUAAUCUUGCCAUCUUUCCUGUGUACAUAAAAGAUUAUCAUUAUUA